AUGAUUUUCCAACGCAUACCAGGCUCGAAAGAUCUCUCUGUGGAGUGUCCGCAGUUAAUACUAGGGAAGUUUCUCCUUUGGACCCCACGUGGCAAAUAUAGUGGGCUAGGAAGUUCUUACUGCAAAAGAUAAGGCGAAGAAGAUAAAAAGCGUUUUCCUGUUGAAUGGGUGAAACGAAAAUAACAGAUGGGAACUUUCUUAGCUUCCUUGACUAUUCUGAAAACGAGAAAGAGAGAAGAAAAAUAUUCAAGCAGUUUAAAAGGUUCAAA